AGCAGACUGACGUUGGAGGGGCGUGGUUAAGGAUAUUUAACCAAAGUCGUCAAACCAACGUCAUCAGAGAAAGUAAUGGAAGCAAUUUUUCAGAUUUUAAUUAACCACAACAAACAGAUUUUUUUUUCUGUAUAAACUUCCACUGAUUAAUUAUUCACCACAAGACUAAUGUGAGGUUGAGGUAACAAAGUAAGAGUCAAUGCUGAUAUCCGACGUAGAUUACGAGGUCACACGAUUUUUAAUGUAAUGCGCACGGAUAAAUAAUUUAAAUGCAAUAUUCCAUUAAAAAAAAAAUAUAAUUUUGAUUUCAUGGUAACUUUGAAAACCUCAGAGCAGGUUUCUCUUGUCGUUCAUGCUGGAGAAAUAUAUAACAGACGAAUUUAUCAGAAACGCUUCUCAAUAUUAAUAACUUAUUUAAUUAUUUUAUAAAAAAAAUCCUGCUGUUAUUGAAUACGUCUGAAUCUAUAAGCCGUGUUGAAUUUCUGAAGAACAGCGCUCGUGCUCUUGUUAUAUUGCUUAAAUAACACAAUCCCAAGCCCUGGUGUCAUUGAACUAUUUCAAGAAUCAAGCCCCGAACAAACUGUUCCUUUAAACCUCUCGUGAGUGAGUGUGCGUGUGUGUGCGCGCUCUGAAUGGAGUGUCGUUUUUCAGCUCUAACUCCUCCUCUGCAUUCUGCUCGUCCAGCAGCACACACACACACACACACACUCGCGCGCUGCUGCGUGCUUGCGCAUUCCCCAUCAGCAGCAGCUCAACGUACAGGGCAACGGAACCGCUUCGCGGCCAAACACACCGUUUCGUUUUCAGAGACCGUUGAUUAAACAUGACGGUGGUGAUUCAAAACGUGGAGGAAACGAGCUGAUCUGAGGAGGAAUCUGUGUUUUACGCGAUUAAAACACGUCUUUCUUUGGGAUAAGAGACUACGGAGGCACCGCGACCGUUGCAACUUUUGUUCACGCGCAUUUAACUGACGGUUGCGGUUUUUUUUUUAAAGAAAAAGUCGCUCAACUUUUGGCGCUCGAUUCAUUCGGUCUGUGUGGAAUGUAGAAUCGGGUGAAAAUACAAUUUUAUUUGUGUUUGGUAAGUUUUGUCGGGACGACAACAGAAGAGGACACAGCGCUGCACUGGAGUUUGUUGCAGGGAUACCGAUGAAACUGUCGAGCUUUGUGUGAUCGCACGUAAUCAUGGACAAAUUGGAUUUAAAUUCAUGUGUCAAGGAUUAUUUCUGAAAUACUUGUGUGUUUUUAUCCCGCACUGACACGUUCUCGUGCACUUCAGAGUCAACACAAACUCUAGAUUUUGUAACCGUUGCAAGACGCUCGUAAACAUGCCGCAACUUAACGGAGGUGGAGGGGAUGAGUUGGGGGCGAACGAUGAAAUGAUCUCAUUCAAAGAUGAGGGAGAACAAGAGGACAAAAUCUCCGAAAACGUUUCUGCCGAAAGAGAUCUGGACGAUGUCAAGUCCUCUCUAGUGAACGAGUCGGAAAACAACAGCAGUUCAUCUGAUUCUGAGCAAACCGAGAGGAGACCACAGCCAAGACCUGAUCAUGAUAGUUAUGAGAAAGCCCGAGAGUAUUUCGCCGAGGCUUUGAGAAGACAGCAAGAUGGAGGAUUUUUUAAGAGCCCAUAUCCAGGUUACCCAUUUCUAAUGAUCCCAGAUCUUUCCAGUCCUUACCUGUCCAACGGCGCCCUGUCUCCAAGCGCAAGAACGUAUUUGCAUAUGAAAUGGCCUCUUCUGGAUGUUCCAGGCACAGCAGCACUCAAAGACUCACGAUCACCUACUCCAGGACACUUAUCUAAUAAGGUCCCGGUGGUCCAGCAUGCGCACAUGCACCCCCUGACCCCGCUCAUCACCUACAGCAAUGAACACUUCUCUCCAGGAACUCCUCCAGCCCACCUCUCGCCAGAGAUACUGGACCCAAAGACAGGUAUUCCUCGGACCCCUCACCCCUCAGAGCUGUCGCCAUAUUACCCACUGUCCCCUGGGGCCAUGGGGCAGAUCCCGCACCCAUUGGGCUGGCUCGUCCCACAGCAGGGUCAGCACAUGUACCCCAUCAGUGGAGGCUUCCGGCACCCGUACCCAGCUCUCGCCAUGAACGCAUCCAUGUCCAGUUUGGUGUCCAGUCGCUUUUCUCCUCAUAUUGUUCAUCAUCCUCACAGUCUUCAUCAGACGGGCAUCCCUCACCCAGCCAUCGUCUCUCCAGCUAUUAAACAAGAACCCAACGGAGAACUCAGCCCAGCGGCUCACACAAAGUCUCCAGGCCCGAAUAAGAAGGAGGACGAGAGGAAACCUCACAUAAAGAAGCCUCUAAACGCCUUCAUGCUCUAUAUGAAGGAGAUGAGGGCCAAAGUGGUGGCCGAGUGCACGCUAAAAGAAAGUGCCGCCAUCAACCAGAUCCUCGGCCGCAGGUGGCAUUCACUAUCACGAGAGGAACAGGCCAAAUACUACGAGCUGGCCAGGAAAGAGAGGCAGCUGCACUCUCAACUCUACCCGGGCUGGUCGGCCCGAGAUAACUAUGGCAAGCGGAAGAAGAGGAAGAGAGAUAAUAAGACAGACUCAACAGCAGAGGAUUUCUCAGCGCGGAACAAGAAGCCGUGUGCGCAGUACCUCCCUCAGGAGAAGAUGAUUGACAGCCCUGGCUCCUCCCACGGGAGCAUGCUGGACUCCCCGGCCACGCCCUCAGCGGCCCUGGCCUCGCCCGCGGCCCCGGCCCCCACACACUCGGAGCAGGCCCAACCGCUGUCCCUCACCACCAAACCUGAUCGCCAACACCACUACCCUCUGCUGGCCAAACCCCCUCCUUCAUCAUCAUCAUCAUCAUCAUCAUCAGGCAGUCAGUUAACUCCGCCUCUUCUGUCUAGGCCACUCCCCUUUUCUUCCCUGCAUGCCUCUCUUUUGUCUCCGCCCUCCCCGUACCAUCACUCCCAUCAUGCUUUGUUCCAGUCUCAGCCACUCUCUUUGGUAACCAAAUCAGCUGACUGACUCUCUUCUAAAGCAAUUCUUUCUUAAUGUCUUUUAAAUAAUGCUGUAUAUUGCUUUUUUACCUUUUUUUUUUUGAGAAAUAGAUGUCAGGUUAACUUUUUUGAUAAGUGAGAAAAGGAAAUAAAUAUUAUUAUUGGUCAAUAUUUGAUCAUCCGCUUUUCUGUUGUCUGUAUAAAACAAUGUAUUUUUUUGUAACGUCUACUUUGGAACUGGUUUCUUAUUUGAUGCAUUUAUUCAGUAAUCUUGUAUAAUAAAAAAAAAAUACAUGUAUUAAAAACUACUUUUAAAAAACGAGAAGGAACAAGAACAUUUAAGCUUGACUGUAAUUAAUGGUAGUUUUUUGGAGUUUAAUUCAUAGUACUGGCAAUUUAUUAGACCUCUUUGCAAUGAACCCCCCCGUUGCCCCAGUUUUGAAGUGUGUGAACUUGAUAAAUAAAACUUGUAAAUUGUUUCUAAAAA